AUGAAUAAUACGGAAAAAGAGCGCGGCGGAAUCGCUGACAAGGCCCUUCAGCUGAUCUUUGAGAUGAAACGCAACCCAGAUGUGCUUCCGCCAUACAAUGCAGAACUGGUUAGACAAUGUCUUCAAAAAAUCGACGAACUCUACAAAUUGAAUGCAAGAGUUGUAGCUGACAUGAGAGCCGGAAAGGCCAGCGAACACUCGCUAUUACAGCCAAGAAUUGUAGCAAUGUAUCAUAUUCGUCGGUGCCUCUGCGCAUAUGUCAAUGCGAGAAAAGAUCGAAUUCGAUCAUUUCGUUGGAAGUAUGGAGGAGCGUUGCCAAUAUCGAUCAGGAACGCUCUUUGCGAGGCGGAAAUCGAGUUCUUCAACGAGUAUUCCAGUGCGAUGGCGAAUUUCCAAGGGAAUCUCGGCGACAUGGGCGUCAAUCUUCUUCUGCACACCGAGCCGCCCAAAUCGCUUUUUGUGCAAGUUCGAGCACUCGAGAAUUAUGGAGAAUUCGAGACGUCCGAUGGAACACUCGUUUAUUUGAUGAAGGAUAGUUUGCACUCGCUUCCCCGUCAAGACUGCGAAAUGCUCAUUCGUCAAGGCGUCCUCGAAAUCUCUCACUAA